AAAAUGACUAAUGCCGCUGCUAAGAUAUUCACAUUUCAAGAGCUUGCUAUUGCUACCAAAAACUUCAGAGAAGAGUCUGUUGUGGGUGAAGGAGGUUUUGGGCGUGUGUACAAGGGUUAUUGUUCCGGGAGUGACGGGGAACAGGUAGAAGUUGCAGUGAAACACCUGGACAGGAAUGGGAUUCAAGGAAACAAAGAAUUUGUGGUGGAAGUUCUGAUGUUAAGCCUCUAUCAACAUCCUAACCUCGUUAAUAUGGUUGGUUACUGUGCUGAAGGUGAUGAACUACUCCUCGUCUAUGAGUUCAUGCCUUUGGGGUCUCUGGAAUAUCAUUUACAUGAUGUUUCACCGAACGAGGCCCUGAACUGGAAUACAAGGAUGGAGAUAGCACUUGGUGUAGCAAAAGGCUUAGAGUACUUGCAUGAUAAAGCCAACCCUCCAGUGAUUCAUAGGGACUUGAAGGCUUCUAAUAUCCUUCUAGGUCAAGAUUAUCAUCCAAAGCUUUCAGAUUUUGGUCUAGCCAAGCUUGGUCCUGUUGGUGAGAACAGCCACAUUACUACUCGAGUUGUCGGAACCUAUGGUUAUUGUGCUCCAGAGUAUGCUAGUACUGGUCGACUCACUUUUAAAUCUGAUAUCUACAGUUUUGGUGUUCUCUUGCUUGAACUCAUCACCGGACGAAAGGCGAUUGACUUUACCCUGCCAGCUGAAGAGAAUACUCUAGUUAACUGGGCAACACGAUUGUUGAAAGAUCCUAGGAAGUUCCCACACAUGGUAGACCCACAACUGCAAGGCCGCUAUCCUACAAGUGGCCUUAACAGAGCUCUAGCUCUUGCAGCUUUAUGUGUACAACAGGUAGCUACCAAACGACCUCCCAUGCGGGAAGUUGUGGCUGCUCUUUCACGUUUAGCUUCUCCAACUUAUGGAAGAGCUCCAUCUCAACAAAACUAA